GCUCCUCCUUGAGAACUUGGAGGAGGGAAAGAAAGAGAAAGACAAGCAGGCAGGCAGGCACGCACAUACAGGAACUCAUGGCAACUCGCGAGUUUGUCCUCACACUUUUAGUGCUAUACAGCAGCACAGCAUCAUUGGUCCUCGCUCAAAAUGAGACCACAUAUCUGCACGAGCUUCCCUCUGGCCGGACAGUGUUGUGCAACCGCUGUGGUCCAGGUUUCCAUCUGCAGCAGCACUGCACGGAGACGCGCCCUACCAAGUGCCAACCGUGCAAUGAUGGAUUCUACACCAAGUACUGGAACUACAUCUAUGAUUGUCUACCAUGCGACUGGUGUUCUUCAGAUGAGGUCGUGGUACAGAAAUGCACGAGGUCCAGUAACCGUGUGUGUGCGUGCAAGGAGGGCUUUUACCGCGACUCGUACAGCUGCCAGCCACAUACGGUGUGUCCAGUCGGAUACGGAGUCAAAGAAAAAGGGACUCCAUACACAGACACGGUGUGUGAGUAUUGCAGGAAUGGAAGUUAUGCAGUCGGACAACCGGGAAACACCAAAUGUGUUCCGCACACACCGUGCAAAUCAGAAGAGAAGCUUCUGUUCCAUGGAACCAGCCAUUUGGACAACGUGUGUGUUACCUGCAACAGUAUUGCACAAGAUGGUUGGCUAAAUAUCCUCAAGCAGUCCUUAAUAGAAAUUGUCAAGCAUCACAAUACUAAGAAGCUCCAUCGCUUUAUUAGGCAAUUAACUAAUUCAAAGAACACUCGUGCAUUACGGUCUGUCACAGACCAGGACACUUGGAUUCAGCAGCUGCAGCAGUGGCUUAGCAAGGCGACAGAGCAGGAAGUCAGCAGCCUUCCCAGACUACUGCACAAGUUCAAUAUGAAGAGCCUGGCAACCAAAAUCGAGAGCAAAAUUAAUAGGAUUCAAGAUGAAGUCAAUCUGUGCAGAAACACUUUGACUAUCUCUUAACUGAUCCCCUUCUGAAGCCUCUGUUCCUUCACGAGUGCAUUCUGUUUUCUUUGCACAUACACAUAUGUUGAUGAAGGGAGACCCGCAAAUGUCCUGACUGCAGAUUAAUGAGUGUGUAUGAGAGAUUAUAAUUGGUCAAUGUUACACUGAGGAGUGGAGUUAAGUCUUUACUGCCUAGUUUCUUCAAAGAUGUCGUUUUUUUUAAAUUAUUUUUAUUAAUAGAUUAUUAUGUCUGCACAUUUUUUUUAACAAUUCGAGGUGUGUGUCAGGUGCUAAAGAUCUAGGCACCUCGCUGAGUCUUGAUUUUUCAUUAUGUUGUACAGAUGAAACGUAAUUGAGCAGCUGAUAUGCUCUUGUUGCUUUGGAGUGUGUAUGUGUCUGUAAUGUAGUGGGUUUUUUUUUCGAUGAUACAUUUUUUAAAAUAAUAAUUUGUCAAACUAACUGCCUCAUGCAACGUUAUUACCUCUGAAUUUUUUUGUUUUUUAUUUUGCAUUGUUGCUCAAAUGCUUAAAUGGUUUGUAUUUCAAUGAAUAAUUAUGAAAUCUGCAAAGUAUUAAAAUAUACAAAAUUA